CGUCAUUGCGGACGUGUAGAUCAGAUCUCUGUAUAUGGGGCUAUCGCGCUGAUGACGAACGGUUUGGCUUGCGUGUUGUACGUGACUUGAAGUAAUGUGUAUUCGGUAAAUUGUUGAUUUUUUUGUUUGAUCAUUCAGGGAAGUCGGUUAAUGUGCGUUUUUGGAGUUGCGAGGUUUCCUGAUGCGAUUUGAAUGCCAUAAGCCAUAAGGCUCGAGCUUGAAUUUGAGUCACUAACUAACGUCCAAAACAAGUGGAUUUGGUCUCCAUAUAUGAUGCCACAGGAUAACAUGAACUCCCUGAUUCAGAGACUUGCUCGCCAGGCGCUCGCGACCUUCCGCCACCAGGCCAGUGAGGAGAGCAAGGCAUUUGUGGAGAACCACAGCAAGCUGAGGAACCUGCUGGCGGAGGUCAGGACGGCGGAUCUGAAGAUUGUGCCUCGGUGUAUAGAGAGCACCUCUGUGCCUCCGCAGCUCUUCGGUCCGCCUGUCACCUACAUGCACAUUUGCGAGACUGACUCCUUCAGCAUGGGGGUGUUUCUGUUAAAGCACGGCUCCUCGAUCCCGCUGCAUGACCACCCAAACAUGUACGGCUUGCUAAAAGUGCUCUACGGCAAGGUCAGGGUUAGUUGUUACGACAGGUUGGACUCCUCACCCGACAGCGCAAGCGGGAGACAGUUUAAUCCUCCACUGCUCCCCUUCCAGAAAAGCGCCAUGCGGCCGUCCGUGCGUCGGUCUGUAGGGGAGUACACAGAGGAAAGCCCCCCGUGUGUCUUAUACCCACAAAGGGACAACCUGCAUCAGAUCGAGGCCGUGGACGGACCCACUGCCUUCCUUGAUAUUCUGGCCCCACCUUACGACCCAGACGACGGCAGAGACUGCCACUACUAUAAAGUUCUGCAGCAGAAUCCUGAAGGUGCAGAAAGAAAGGAUGGUGGCCAGGACCAGACAGAUUUAUGGCUAGUGGAGAUCCCUCAGCCUAGUGAUUUCUGGUGUGGUGCUGAACCUUACCCUGGGCCAAAAGUUAUCCUUUAAACGAACUGCCACCUCCACUGAAGGAAUACUGAAGGAUUAGGCACUGUAGAUCUACGGAAGCCUGACUUCUGUUUUUCCUCCUGUACUGUAUUGUCCUGACAGCAAGCUGGACUCUGCAAACAACCACAACAAUUUUUGACCUCUCCUGGACCUGUUGCUAUGUCUCAAUUUUACAGUUGUAUCAUGGCCUGUCUAGCUAAGACUGCCUUGUGUGUUGACUAUUUCCAAGCAAAAUGCUCUUUGAUUUACUCUAUUUUAGCCUCUUAUUUGAAUAAGUACAUAUUCAACACAUAAUAGGCCUGUUUCUUGUAUAUAGUGUGUGGUGGAAAAGACAUUUAAAUUUAAUCUGUAAUAAAUUAACAAAUCUUUCUAAA